GCCGGGUGAUGGGGGGUGGGGCCCGCGGGGGGUAGAGGGAGGAAUAGCAUCCUUUCCAGCUCCCCCAGCCCCUCCUCGUCCUCCGGACUGAAAUGGGGAACACGUUGGGCCUGGCUCCGAUGGGGGCUUUGCCCCGCCGGAGCCCCCGCCGAGAGGACCCUCUGCCCAACCCCGGGAGCUUCGAUGAGCUGCACCGCCUGUGCAAAGAUGUAUUCCCAGGACAGAUGGAGGGAGUGAAGCUCGUUGUCAACAAGGUUCUGAGCAGCCAUUUCCAGGUGGCUCACACGGUGCACCUGAGUGCCCUGGGCCUGCCUGGCUAUCACCUGCAUGCGGCCUAUGCAGGGGACUGGCAACUCAGCCCCACCGAGGUUUUCCCCACUGUGGUAGGUGACUGGGACAGCAGCGGCAGCCUCAACGCGCAGGUCCUGCUCCUCUUGGCGGAACGGCUCCGAGCCAAGGCCGUCUUCCAGACGCAGCAGUCCAAGUUCCUGACCUGGCAGUUUGACAGCGAGUACCGGGGAGAUGACUACACGGCGACUCUGACCCUCGGAAAUCCUGACUUGAUUGGGGAGUCCGUGAUCGUGGUCGCUCACUUCCUGCAGAGCCUCACCCAGCGGCUGGUGUUGGGGGGGGAGCUGGUGUACCACCGGCGGCCGGGCGAGGAGGGGGCCAUCCUGACGCUGGCGGGGAAGUACUCCGCUGUACGCUGGGUCGCUACGUUGAAUGUGGGGUCAGGUGGGGCCCAUGCAAGCUAUUACCACAGGGCGAAUGAGCAGGUUCAGGUUGGCGUGGAGCUGGAGGCAAACACCAGGCUACAAGACACCACCUUCUCCUUCGGUUACCACCUGACCCUGCCGCAGGCCAACAUGGCGUUUAAAGGCGUGGUGGACAGUAACUGGUGUGUGGGCGCUGUGCUGGAGAAGAAGAUGCCCCCGCUGCCCGUCACCCUCGCCCUGGGGGCCUUCCUCAACCACUGGCGCAACAGGUUCCACUGCGGCUUCAGCGUCACUGUGGGCUGAGGCCCGAGCCCAGCAGCUGCAGCCUCUGAGUUCGGUGCCCGAGGCCAGAGCCUGGGCCUUCUCUGGAGCCCCCUGGCUGGGUGACCUCGGGGUCCCAGGAGCAGAGUGGGGCCGGGCCGGGCCCUCACUGAGGAGACGGUGGUCUGAGGACCGGCCCUGCCCGCACAUGCUCUGUCCCACUGCGGCUCUGGCUAAGGGAGAAGGGCAGGGCCUGGCUGGCCUGUGGCCUCCUCAUGCUCCCCUUCUCCUCUCCCUGUGGAUCGGAUUAAAGCUCCUCCCCUCUUCCUCUUCA